GGAUUUCCUUUUUACCUUACCGCUGUCGUCUGCGGUCGUAUUCUUGAUGAGAAUAUUUAUUUAAAUCUUUGUACAUCAAUUUUGUACAUAUAUCUAUAAUUAAGGCAGGCUUAAAUAAAUAAGAAAAAUGCCUCCAAAGUUUGAUCCAACAGAAGUAAAGAUCGUGUACUUGAGAUGUGUCGGAGGAGAAGUUGGUGCUACAUCAUCCUUGGCCCCCAAAAUUGGUCCAUUGGGUCUGUCUCCAAAGAAAGUUGGUGAUGAUAUUGCUAAGGCUACCGGGGAUUGGAAGGGUUUGAAAAUUACUGUUCAGUUGUCCAUCCAAAACAGGCAAGCAACUAUCUCAGUAGUACCUUCAGCUGCCUCUUUAGUUAUUAAAGCAUUGAAGGAACCCCCUCGUGACCGCAAGAAGCAAAAGAACAUUAAACACAAUGGCAAUAUCACUUUUGAUGACAUAGUUGCGAUUGCCCGCCAAAUGAGACCUCGUUCCAUGGCUCGUGAAUUAUCAGGAACGAUCAAAGAGGUUUUGGGAACAGCACAAAGUGUAGGAUGCACCAUUGAUGGCAGGGCACCACAUGACUUAAUAGAUGACAUAAAUGAUGGAACUCUUGAAUGUCCUGCUGCCUAAAUAAUACAAUAAUAUUGUACAAAAUA